AUGCGUUUCAUUGCUGCUUUCGCCAGCCUGGCUGGUCUUGCCUCUGUCACCGCCGUUGGCCUCAAUGCCAACGUCGAAGCCGGUCUCGAGCUUGGCUCUCAUAUCGAUGCCGAGGCUGAUCUCGAUGUUAGCAUCAGCGCCGCUAAGAAAGCCCACGAGGGUUAUCAAUGCCCCCACAGCAUGAGCUACUGCCCGUGGACCAAGGCCUGUUCUUGCGCUCCUGGUCAGAAGCUCGACCUUGAUGUUAAGGCUUGUGUCGGUGACAAGCUUACUGGCGCUUGGCCCGAGCCGGAUAUUAAGGUGUACGCCUCUGUCGACGUCAAGCUUGGCACUUUCUGCGCUGCCUCUCCCACCAAGAUCGUCAAAUACAACGCCAGCCAUGAAUGGUGCCAGGCCAGCCUCUCCACCGUGGCUUUCGUAGCUGUCGCCGCUAUCGAGGCCGAGCUCGUUGCCGGUGUGGACAUCGACGUCAAGGCCAACAUCAGUGCUGAUCUCAAGAAUGUGUGCGGUGCUCUGUCUGGCCUCUACCUCGAAAGCGUCGUCGAUGCCGUUGUUGCCUUCAACACAGACGUCCUUGGCCUUGCUGUUGUCGACGCCGACGUCAAGGUUAGCCUGGGCUUGAGCCUUCUGACCAUCAUCAAGAACCUCACUUGCAAGCUCGGCCUUGGCAAGUGCAACUUUGACUGCGUUGCCUACUGCACCAAGGGCUGCCCGAACUAUAUUGAUGUUGUAGGCGAACUUGGUGGUCGUAUCACCGGUCUUGUUGGCUUUUGCAUUCUCCCGAAGGUCAUUCUGGUUGUUAACAGCCUGAAGGUGGUUGUCAACGUGGUGGUUGAAGGCCUUCUCUGUCUCGUCGGCGGUAUCAUCAAGACUGUUCUGUCUACCUUCGACUGCCACUGCAAAUAA